AUGCGUUUCACUGCCGCUGCUGCCCUGAUGGCCGGGUCCGCCAUCGCUGCCACCUCUACCGACUACACCACCACGUUGGUCACCAUCACCGCUUGCCCCGAGAGCGUCACCAACUGCCCUGCUCGUUCAACUCAGAUCCAGACAUCGGUGCUUCCCUUGACCACCUCUACCGUCUACUCUACCAAGGUCUACACCAUCACCUCGUGUGCUCCCGAGGUUACCAACUGCCCGGCUCACAGCACCGUCCUCUCCACCGCCACCGUCGCUGUCUCUACCACCGUCUGCCCCGUCGGUAAGGCUACGGGACUCCCUGCGCCUGGACCCUGGAACAUCAGCACCAAUGCCGUUCCUCUCAGCACCCAGGUUGUCCCUGUCCCGGUCGCCUCUGGCCCUGCCACCCAGGCUCCUCCUGCCGCCAACACAGAGUCUCCUGUGCAGCCCGAGGCGCCUGCUUGCCCGUCUCAAUCGGUCACUGCCAUCACCAAGAGCUACACCACCGUCCUGACCUCGGUUGAGUACUCUACCAUUAAUGUUCCAUGCCCGACCGCCGCCGCUCCCCAGGGCACUGGCAAGGUCGUCCCCGUUCCCAGCAGCCCCCCCGCUGGCGGUAACGCUCCCGCCGGGGGCAACCAGACCACUCCCAGUGGUAAUAACAGCCCCCCUGUCGCCGCCGGUGCCGCUUCCUUUGCUGGAUCUGCCACCUUUGCUGCCGUCGUCGGUAUUGCCGCUUUCGUCCUUGCUUAA